AUGGCUACACCUUCUGCAGUUCGUCUUUUGGCCAUCCGGCCGGUGAUAUUCGGUUUUGCAAAAUUGUUGAUGCUUGCUUUGGGCGGCCUUCCCCUAGUCGCUGCCGCUCCCGCGACCUAUAUUGCUUACUCCGAGGAGAGUCCGAAACCUCCUAGUGAUCCGAACUUAUGGCUGUAUCUCGGGGUUGCCGCCAUCCUCGUUGUGAGCGGCGGUGCAUUCGCUGGUUUAACCAUUGCGUUGAUGGGUCAGGAUGAGGUGUAUCUACAGGUCAUCAAAACUUCCGGUGAAGACUCUGAACGAAAAAAUGCAGAAAGUGUGCUCAGGCUAUUAAAGCGAGGGAAGCAUUGGGUAUUGGUAACUCUUCUGCUCAGUAAUGUCAUCACAAAUGAAACCCUUCCCAUUGUCCUAGACCGUUCGCUAGGAGGGGGUUGGCCGGCUGUUCUUGGCAGUACAGUCUUGAUUGUCAUUUUCGGUGAAGUCGUCCCCCAGUCGAUAUGCGUUCGCUACGGUCUUCCUAUCGGUGCUUGGAUGGCUCCUUGCGUCCUGGCCCUCAUGUACAUUAUGGCUCCAGUCGCAUGGCCUAUAGCGAAACUUCUUGAUAGGUUGUUGGGCGAGGAUCAUGGAACGAUCUAUAAAAAGGCUGGAUUAAAAACACUAGUGACCCUGCACAAAACCUUGGGUGAAGCGGGCGAACAACUCAACUCCGAUGAGGUCACAAUCAUUAGUGCCGUUCUGGAUUUGAAAGAUAAGCCGGUUGGCAGCAUUAUGACUCCAAUGGACGACGUUUUCACUAUGUCUGCGGACACUGUUCUGGACGAAGACACGAUGGAUUUGAUACUCUCCCAAGGAUAUUCCCGCAUUCCGAUUCAUGAGCCAGAUAAUCCUACAAAUUUUGUGGGCAUGCUUCUGGUUAAGAUGCUGAUCACAUACGACCCCGAGGACUGCAGGCGAGUACGGGAAUUUGCACUGGCAACACUUCCCGAGACUCGCCCCGAAACAAGCUGCUUGGAUAUCGUCAACUUUUUCCAGGAAGGAAAGUCCCAUAUGGUCCUGGUGUCUGAAUAUCCUGGUGAAGACCGCGGUGCCUUGGGUGUUGUUACUCUGGAAGACGUCAUUGAGGAGCUCAUUGGCGAGGAAAUCGUUGACGAAUCGGAUGUCUUUAUUGAUGUUCAUAAGGCGAUAAGACGCAUGACGCCUGCACCCAUUAAAUCCCGGGUUCCUAAGGGCAAGAUUGUGGAAGAACCUCCUUCUUUGCCCCCUCACAAGACUGGUACUUUAGUGGAUGUAGAUGGCGAACCUCAAGCCUCCAGACCCCCUGGGAACGUUCGCCGUCGAAGCUCAGUAGAACCGCCACUGCCGCGUUUCCAACUUCGGAUGCCACAGUCAGAUAGGAACUCAGACUCUACAGAUGGCCUAGUGACCAAACGAGGAACCACGGACGAAAUUCGUGAACACUUGAAGCAUCUCGGGCCUCGAAUUUAG